AAUCCAACAUCAACACCGUGGAACAAUUUCGUUUGGAAACCCUAUACGAAUUCAACUGCUCAGUAUACUGUUCUCGACCUACCUCCAAGGCAAGCGAAGGGUAGCUUACAUUGGCCCGUUACGAAUUUCUGGAAUAAAGAGGCGAUUCUUCUCGAAGAGUAUACGAUUAAAGAGAAGGGCACUCUAGCGAACACUGACGAAUUAACAAGUGAAGAGCGAUUACAGACCACUCAAUAA